AUGACAGUUGGUCUUACGGAUUUGCUUGAUUUGGCCAUCAGUCCCCAAAUCGGACCAGUUAAUUUCUUUCACUUAAGGAAUCUCCUUCAUACUAUAGUUGAGCACUUUGGAAUCGGUGAAGUAGAAGCACAGCAAGCAGAGGUUAGAGGACCACAGUCCCUAAGAUCUUCAUCAGAAGCUUCUAGCACUGCUGAAGAUUCUUCCGAUAGCGAAGAUGAUGAAGGUAUGUUUGCAUCCAUUUUUCUUCAAGGGGGCCAGGUAAUGUUUCUUCCUUAAUCUUUAGUGAACGUGAAUCAGACCGCGGAAUGAAGGGUUUAAAUUGAAAAGGAACCUUUAGAUUAUUGGGUACAUGUGUAACUUUAAUCAAUUAUUGCAACAAUUUUAUCACUUAAUUUUCUUUAUGUGCCAGUCAGAAACUGGAAAGAAUGAUUGUUCUCUACAGUACUGUUCUUCUAUGCCAUCUUUCAAAAAGAGAAAUGUAGCAAACGGUGAGCGGAGCACUUUCCGUGUUUUUCUGCGCUCCGAGCCUCGUGAGCUCGUUCUUUUGUUUGUAUGCAUAACGUUUUGAGCACUUAAGUCAAAACUUUGAUAUACUUUAUUAGUUGUCCGAAACAAACAAAGUGGCAAGUACUUUAUUUUGAGUCUGUAUUCAACAUGAACAUUUUUUUUAUUUAAUAACUUAUUUGUUGCUUAUUUCACUUGAUACGGUAAGAUGUUAUUUCCAAACAAAAUAAGCUGAUAGCAUUGUCUUGAAUUUAAGAGUUAAAACUUUUAAAAAUUCAUUCGAUCAAAGUCGAAAGCGUCAUGAUUGCAUUUAUUUAAUUAACUUUGUACCGUUGGUCGCCUUUAUAAGAAGCAGGUAUUUUAGUGUCAUAUCAAGUUAUAUAGAGUCUUUAAAACAAGUAUCGAAUAAUUAGUUUCUCAUGCCGAAAAAAGAAAGUCCUAAAGGACCUUACGUUUACGCACAUGUAGGAUCGAUAAAUGUAGCUGCCUAUUCCUAUUUAUGUUUAAGAGGCCUUUGAAUUUCGUAAUUCAGUAUUAUAACACAAGACCUUCAGAGCGUUUUCUGCUAAAGGUGAAAAAAAGAAAGAAAAAAGCCACUCAAGUGCAAGCGUUGGCGCGUAUACAGAAUUUUGUAAUAGUUAUGAAUAGAGAAGGACAUGCACUUAUGUUGCUCUGAAAAAUGUAUCUGGCAUGGCGUAUAAUGCUGGAAAAAAAUCUUACACCGUUAUAUGUCAAGGACAAAAAAAAUCUCCACAACUUGGGGAAAAAGUCUUACCCAAACGAACUCACCCAUACACCACCCCCCCCCCCAAAAAAAGUCAACCUAUACACUGAAUCAGUUUUCUUGCUUGCGUCUGUUAUGGUAAAGAUAAAUUCGGUGAAGUCUUGGUGGGGUAAAGGCCUCCAUUUACCCAGUGCGGGACUACUUGUCCAAACUCGGAAAAAUUCAAAGAAACAGAAAAGAAAAAAUUCACGAUUCAGUUGUUUGCGACAAAGCUCUUCGAGUACAGUUUGUUUUUUCUAAAACAAAAAAAAUCAAAAUUUAUUAUUUUUUCCAAAACAAAUUUAUUUUUUCAACAGAAAGCGAGACUGAGUCUGCAGAUGAUGGUCACGUCAGCGAGGAAGAAGUAACACAGACUAUAGUGGAUGAAAAUGGAGAAGAAAAGACCGUCACGGUCAUGGUUCAAAAACCAUCCAAACCGAAAAAACGCCAGUCUGAACUCAGCGAAAAAGACGGAAAUGAAAGGGACGGAGAAGAUAGAAAAAAACGGAAGGACAAAGAGAAAUCGAGACAUAAAUCAGACAAGGACAGUUCGAGAGAAAAAGAAAGAAAAAUAUCAAAGCACGAUAAGGAAAGUGACGAUAAGGAUGACAAGAAGAAAAGGCGAGAUAAAGACCGAAGCAGUUCAUAUGGCUCCGACUCAGUGUACGGUAAGAAAGAUGACAAGAAAAGGGAACGCAAAAUGACGAUGGAGUCCUUGUCUGAAUCGCCAGAGCUGAUCAACAUUAAUCGCAGACUAGAAGCUGCUGAAAAUGGAAUCAAAGGAUUAAGAAAUAUCAUCGACUCCAUGGUAAACCAGGUGGAUUUUGGAGAUGAGGUGGGAGGAAUAUUGAAAGCCCAACUCGAUCAAGUUCAACAGCAACUCAAUAAAGUUGAACUUGUACCUGAAGGCGAGGCUGCUAAAAAGGAAAAGAAAAGAAAAGGAUCCAAAGCUAAAGGAUCUCAGGAAGUGCCUAAGGAAGGGCUCAUUACUGAAGGAUCCACACAGCAAGCCCAGGCUGUUAAUGCUCAGCCGAUGAAUGUGAUUCCUCAGGUUAUCCCACCCCCCGACAGGAGCUCACAGGAUAUGCCCAAACUACAGCCAGGUCGUCUGCCAUCGCGCAAAGAUGAAAAACGAAAAAUAAGCUUGCCAAUGAAAGGUGAGCGACCACCUAGUCAAGGAGAUAAAACACCGAUACGAAGACGUACAACACUGGAGGAUUUGAAGCUACGGAAGAAGGCUCGUGAAGAAGGCGUCACUAUAGAAGAGAUAGAAGCACGCGAAGCUUCCCAGGAGACGAAGAAAGAGAAAAAGGAUAAAGAAAAGGAAAAAGGGAAAGAGGAUGAGAAAGAAAAGGCUGACAAAAAGAAAGGCGAGGAUUCAAGUUCUGAUGAGGAGUCACUUGACUCGGAGGAAGAGAGAGAAGCAAUGCAAGAGAUGAUAAUGGAGGAGAUAGAAGCAGCGCUGGAGAACUCCGAUGAUCCAGAGGCCCAAGCUUAUGCCCUGCGACUUAGCAUUGAGCAGAUGAAUAACAUGCGUAAAAGCUUUACACAAUCGCAAGAAGAGUUUAGGAAGGAAAUGGAGAAAAAUAAGAGAGCCAUUGAUUUGAUCGUCAAGGACUUGGCUGCCUUCCGUUCAGCAAGAAAAGCCCAGGUUAGUACACUGUAUAUAAGUAACUAAUUUGUGACUGAAAUUUGUUUGACACAGAACGUUUGAGUUUAGACAGGUAGGGUAUUCCUUUAAAAGGCAGUAACAGGUUUACAUUUUGAUAGCUUGUGUUAUUUUAAAAAUCGUUUUAGUAUUUGUUUUAUGCAAUGGUGUCAGAAAACUCAGAAACUGUGAUAAGCCUUCAUUAUGAAGGAUCGUAAAGUCAAAAAGGAAGUAAAGAAAAAUAAAAAUGAAACAAAACAAAAAUUUCAUGAAUUUACUCUAUCGUUGAAUUAAUGAAUCUUUAUUGACCAAUUUCUUUCAGUUUAGAUGAUUUUAUAUUUAUAUAUAAUAUUUCAGUCCAAUAUUCAUCCAUUUUGCUUUCGACUUGUGGCGUGAUAUCUUCAAUUUUAAUCUCGACUAGUAAACAGAAGUGGAGGAGUCGUAAUAAACUUGCUGAUUAUUGAUGGUAACGUUCAACUUUCUCGCAGGAUGCGGAAGGCUUCAACGCAGUGCAUCACGUGCAUAGUAUGGUGCUUGAACUGCAAAGCAAACAUGAGAAGCUAGUCCAGACCACCGCGGAGCUGGUGAAUGAAUACAACAGGCGUGAGAAGAGCCUUGAAGAACUAUAUAACUCUGUUGAUCGACUAGAACAGAACAAGGCUGAUAAGGAACAUGUCAAUCAAGAAAUUGGUAUCAAGGUAGGAAAAGACAAAACGAUCAACUCUGAUGCACCGCUCUCACGGAGUUUACUACCAUUUUGUAGCAUGAUACCCAGUCUGAGAUUACGAUUUUUCCUCAUAAUGACCAUAAUAUAAUCACCGUUUAACUCAAACUCUUACCAAUGGCAAAAUGAAUUCAAAACAACGUAUGUAAUUGAAAGGGAACAAACAACAACCGGCUGUUUCUUCUGCAAAUAUCUAAAUGUCGUAACCAUUCAUCAGUUGGACGCCUAGAAUGUGUGCAAUUCGCCAAUUGAUUUGGACUCCAUCAUGAUCCUAUACUAAUAGAACAUUUUACGAAGAACCAUCUAUAAUAUGAGCUCAUUUAGUGGCAGAGUGUGGCACUAAAGUAGAAUCAGAUUGGCUUGCUGGAGCUCUGAAACCUAUCUAAAGGUUUUGCGUGAAUUAAGCUACCAAUUCUCCAACGUUUUAAUCCAUUCUAUUCCACAUCACUAAUAGCUUUCUUCUCUUGCACUUUUCCAUGCAUACUUAAUCCAUCUGUUUUCAAGACCCGCACUCGAACUAGUUCUAAAACUCUCCUUAUUUCAUUUCCUUAGGCUGACAAGGGAGACUUGGAGUCGAAAGUAAGCUUAAACCAGUUUGACGAAAGUUUCAACCUCCUGGAUCGUGGGCUUAGUGAUGCGCUGGAGAAAAUGGAAAGCCAAAUGAGUAUUGAAGAUGCAUUAAAAGAAACUUUGAUGGAGUUGCAAAGCAAGCUGCACCUCAAGUUGGAUCGACAGGAGCUGGACGCUUUACGAGAUCAGCUGGAGUCGCGCAUUAGAGAAGUACAGGUUGUACGAGCUACAAUUAAAGAGAAGCAAGACGACGGAGAACCAGCUGGUUUUAGAAGGUAUCUAUGGUUAUAAGUGAUUUAAUUACAGAGUCAUUAGAGAGCUUUAGAUUUGAGGACGAGAACGAGUGCGAGUACGAGAUUUAACUUAGAGCUUUUCCACCUGUUCUAAAAAAAGGAAACCCCGGAAAGCUUCAUUUUACAUUUUUUCACCCAAAAAGUUAGGACUGUUAUUCAUACUAAAGGAGGUUAAUAAGAGCCCCCUCCCGAUGGCAAAAAGAUAAAACUUCUUACAUUUGAUAACUAGUUUCUGCCACUACACUUUUAUUCUCGUCCCCAGAUCCCGUCGUUUCUUGUUCAAGUGGUCUUGAAACGAGGGGCUCGGCCACUUAACUCGGCCACUGGUUGAUUCGUUACAAAUUAAGCCUAGUGGCUCUGGGGAUGAGAAUGAAAGUCUCGUACUCGUUGUUGUCCUCGUACUCGAAUCUAAAGCUCUCUAUUAUCUAAUCCUCUGUGACUAUUUCCUGUAACAAUACACCUUACUCCAAAACGGCGGCAUUGCUUUUAUAUGUUUACGUUAAUUGGCCCUCCUUGUCUCAAUUCCGUCUGUAGUAUUCAAAACCGAGAACUUUAUCUUUCAAAGGGGGUAUUGAGGACCAAUAGAUGUAAAUGUUAAAUAAAUGUUACGGAGUGGGAUAAAACUGUUAUUAACAAAUGUUUAAGGCAUGAAAAAGAAAGGAGAGUUGAAAAAAGCCAUGCCACAUUGUCUGGUUACGGUGUCUUUAGCAUGUUAAUGUUUGUUGUCUUUGUAGAAAUAAGACGGAGAAAGUUCACUGUAUUUCAUGUGACCGACCCUUAGAAGUUCAACCGGGAGGGAUUGGGCCCAACAUGCCAAAGAUACAAGGAUUGCCGGGACAAAAGUCUUCCAAACCGUACACAACAUUUGAACUGGAACACAUCAGACAACACCAGAAGAUGAAUAUCGCUAAAAAGCCGCCAGUAAUAGGAGCUGACCUCGGAUAUCAAGCACAAAAACUGAAAAAUGAAGUGGUAGCCAUGACUGGUCUGGUGGAUCUUAUAGAGCUUCCUCCUUCACAAAGAUACUGUGGGGGAUCGCACACCAUAAUGCAUCCAUUCCGGCGCUCGUUUAAGACGACAGGCUCCCAUUUGAACCAAUACGUGGUCAUACGUGAAGAUAGUGAUUCUGCGGUGGCGUUACCUCGCAGGGAGUUUAUAGUACCGCGUGACAAUAAUUUAAAGCGUUACAUGAAGCCAAAACUACCCGCUAUUGGGCAGUCGAAUACACGAGAACCAUCCCCACCCCCAGAGUUCAUCGCCGAGUACAACGAGCGACCACAAAGCGCACCUGCUACUCCCUCAGUUGGUCACAGGUCCCAGCGUCAGCUUAGCUCUCCUCAGGCUCGCGAUGAAUCGGCAGAUCAAUCGCCACCUCUUAACGAGGCUGCAUCACCCGUGGAAAUGGACACGAUAGCGGUCACAAUUCCAUCACCCACGGAGGAGGCCGCUUAA